UACACAAACUGGGUGGUGAGAUUGAAUUAAAUCAUUGUCCAGGAAACUCUGUGAACGCCACUAAAGUACAGAAAUGCAGAUAAAAGACAAAGUUGCGUUCAUCACCGGUGCGGCCCAGGGUAUCGGGAAAGCUGUCACUGAUGCUCUCCUGCAGAAAGGGGCAUAUGUUGCUGUGUGUGAUGUUGACAGUGAUACUGGAGAGCAAACAGUCACAGAGUUCGCGAAGCAAUAUGGUGACGACCGUGUAAUAUUCCUCCACUGUGAUGUCACCAAAAAAGACAGCAUUAAAUCUGCCAUGCAAAGAACGACAGAUAAGUUUGGGCGUCUAGACAUAAUUGGGAACAAUGCUGGUAUAACGAAUGAAAAACAGUAUGAUCUCUGCGUUGACAUCAACCUGGGGGGCGUGGUCCGUGGCACGUGGCUGGGUUUGGAUUUCCUUAGAAAAGACAAAGGAGGGAAUGGUGGUGUAAUAAUUAAUAUGGCCUCAAUGGCAGGUUUAAUGGCUGUCCCAAUGGUGCCUACCUACGCAGCUACAAAGGCGGGGGUAAUAGGAUUCACACGGAGUUGGGGAGCGAGCAUGGACUACGACCAGCACCAGGUUCGCGUAAACUGUAUAUGCCCAGGUUUCACUGAUACUCAGAUGACAAAAGAAGAAACCGUAGAGGAGAAAAGAGCCAAGGGCCUAUUGCAUUCAGAGGCUCUGGUUGCCAUUAUGUCAGAAAGUCUUAAACUAAGUACAAAUGCCGUAGCGGACGUUUUCAUUCAGCUGGUGGAAGAUGACACAAAAAAUGGCGCCGUUAUGGCCUUAGUUUCAGAACAACCGGUGCAAGAAGUUAAAUUUCCAGACAUUUUUACAAACGUAGAGAAGUAACCCAUUGACGAAGAUAAUUUUUCCAGAUUAUGAGAAAUGCACACACUUCUUUUUUCUGACUCUACCAGUUUAUAUGCUCACAGACCUAUAUAAAAGGGCCA